AUGAGCUUUCGUUCGCAGAAUAAAGCAGAAGAACAAAGCGAUGAUGCUUUGUCUAUGCAUUUUGCAAACGGACAAUCACACCAGGACUCAACCCAUCAUGCAAUCGAGCUGGUGCAAAGUCAUGUUGAUAAACCGCAAUCGUUGGUCGGGGAGGCCCUUUUCGUUACAGUUGUUUGCUGUGCACAGCUGAUGACGCAGGCCGGCCUGGCGCUCUCCAUAGCACCCGUUGACAUUAUUGGCAGAAGCUUCGGCACCACAAACGCUGGCGAACUCAGCUGGUUCUCAGCUGCGUACUCGCUGACAGUGGGCACUUUCAUUCUUAUCGCUGGCAGACUGGGCGAUACCUACGGCCAUAAAAAACUGUUCGUUGUCGGGUUCUUGUGGUACGCCUUGUGGUCGCUUCUGGCCGGGUUUAGCGUGUAUUCGACGCGGAUCUUCUUCGACUGUUGUCGAGCGUUCCAAGGUCUGGGACCCGCACUCCUGUUGCCCAAUGCACUUGGUAUCCUUGGUCGAACUUACGAGCCCGGAAAACGCAAAAACCUCGUCUUUAGCUUUUUUGGCGCGACCGCCCCGGGCGGGUUUGUACUAGGUGCCACCUUCUCCUCGAUUUUCAGCCAGCUGCUGUGGUGGCCCUGGUCUUAUUGGGUUAUGGCCAUUGCGUGUUUGGCGCUAGGUGUAGCCGGCAUUUUCGUCAUCCCACAUACGCCUUCACCGAAGCACGAGCUACCUGUCAUGGACCAAUUGGACGUUUGGGGUGCCAUCACAGGUAUCUCGGGCCUCGUGCUUAUCAAUUUUGCCUGGAACCAGGGCCCGGUAGUGGGUUGGCCUACGCCAUACACGUACGCACUUUUGAUUGUGGGAUUUGUGAUUUUGACAGUGUUUGUGUUCAUAGAGUUUCGUGCCACUUUGCCGCUGGUGCCCUUCUCGACGCUUUCGAAAGAUGCUGCUUUUGUGCUUGCCUGUGUUGCGGCUGGCUGGUCCAGUUUUGGUAUAUGGUUGUACUACUUGUGGCGAAUGAUGGAGGUUUUGCGUUCUCAAAGCCCGCUACUAUCAAGUGCUCAAUUUGUACCAGCCGCUGCUAGCGGUUUGUGCGCGGCCAUGACCACUGGCUAUGUUUUGGGACACGUCAAACCCAGUUAUGUCAUGCUAAUUGCCAUGGUGGCUUUCACUGUGGGAGGCAUACUUAUAGCCACAGCGCCUGUGAACCAAACUUACUGGGCUCAAACUUUCGUCUCCAUAAUUGUUAUGCCCUGGGGCAUGGACAUGUCGUUUCCAGCGGCUACAAUCAUGCUGAGCAACUGCAUGCCGUUAGAACACCAAGGUCUUGCCGCAUCGCUGGUGAGCACAUUUGUCAACUAUUCCAUAUCUUUGGGCUUGGGAUUUGCCGGUACAAUUGAAACACAGGUGAACGGAGGGGGCAAAGAAAUUCUCAAAGGAUACCGUGGUUCUUGGUAUAUGGGAAUAGGGCUCAGUGGGUUGGGAAUUGGUGUUGCUAUGCUCUACGCUCUACACACUUCUAAUGUAGGGAAGAAAGAUAAAGAAGAGAAAGAUGUUGAGGCGUGA